AUGAGUAUCCCAGAAUUUGCAUACAAGGAAAAACCAAAGACCUUGGUCUUGUUUGAUGUCGAUGGUACAUUGACACCAGCCAGAUUGACCAUCUCUCCAGAAGUCAAAGAAACACUACAAAAACUGAGACAAAAGGUUGUUAUUGGUUUUGUUGGUGGUAGUGAUCUAUCCAAGCAAUUGGAACAAUUAGGUUCCGAUGUCUUGGAUCAAUUCGACUAUGCCUUUUCUGAAAACGGUUUAACUGCGUACAGACUGGGCAAAGAGUUGGCUUCUCAAUCUUUUAUCGACUGGAUUGGCGAAGAACAAUACAACAAGUUGGCCAAAUUUAUCUUACAAUACUUAGCAAACAUCGACUUGCCAAAGAGAAGAGGUACUUUCUUGGAGUUCAGAAACGGUAUGAUUAAUGUUUCUCCAAUUGGUAGAAAUGCUUCCACUGCAGAAAGAAACGAAUUUGAAAAGUUCGACAAGGAACACCAGGUUAGAGCUAAAUUCGUCGAAGCUUUGAAGAAAGAAUUCCCUAACUUGGCUUUGACCUACUCCAUUGGUGGUCAAAUCUCUUUCGACGUUUUCCCAACUGGUUGGGACAAGACUUACUGUUUGAGACACGUUGAAAAAGAUGGCUUCGAAGAAAUUCACUUCUUUGGUGACAAGACCGCUAAGGGUGGUAACGAUUAUGAAAUCUAUGUCGAUGACAGAACUAUCGGUCACUCUGUUACCUCUCCAGAUGACACUGUUAGGAUCUUGAAGGAAUUGUUUGAUUUAUAA